AUGGGUUGGAAACAUCCGGCUGAACUCUCGAGCUCUUCAUAUUUCAAAGUUUUUCGAAAACCCUCGAUAAAAACUGAAAAAUGUCUUUAAGGGCUGUCUUUCCUUCUUAUUAGUGACCCAAAUCAGCUGCUCUGCAAAAGAUGACCUGGCCUGGUAUUCGCCACUCACGAAUCCAGGAAAUCCCGUCCCAAAUCCAUCUUUAACGCCAAUUAUCGCCGAGACGGCUAUAAAUUACUGUCAGGUGAGUUUUCACCUUCGGUUUAAGUUUGAAAACUAAUGCCGUGUAAUUUAUGCGAUUUCAAAAUUUGCGCGUUCUCUUUGAAAAUAAUUUGGCGAAAUACGCAAAAUUGUAAUUUUAGAAAAUUUGAAAAGUGGGUCUUACAACGAGAUAAGGAAUUAUAUGCGCGGGUUAAGAAAAAGGCUAUUUCGCGCGUAAAAGUCGGACCCAAUUCCACGACAAGUUUUUUUUUCCAAUAUCAGGAAAUGAUUCGUCAAUUUUGAAAGCGUCGAAAUCACUUCAAACACGUCAUAAUUAAUAAAACACGUAAAGUUGGCCCCGGACGUUGGACCGUGUGAUCGUGAACUGAUCCGAUAUUACUACGAUCCGGAGAGCGACGAGUGCAAAAAGUUCAUUUUUUCGUGAGUCGCUCUGUUGUUGUCUAUUUCGGAAACCCAUGAAAUGCAGCGGAUGUGGCGGAAACUCGAACCGAUUCAUGCGCCGGACCCAUUGCCGGAAUAGCUGCGUGAAAGGCCAUAAAAGGGACGAAGAGCCCGAGGAAAUGGCCGAGAUGAAGCACAGGAGAACAUUGACCACCUCUGCCAUUUCGACGCCUUCUCCAGCCCCAGAAGUCGAAACUUCGACCUCCACUACCACUUCUACAACAGUUACUACCACAAAGAACCAUUUCGAUACUGUGUCGCCUGAAGUUUCGUCCAAGGUCUAUAUAUUUUCGAACGUUGUGGAAUAACAAUUCGGAGAACUGCGCAAGUCGUUUUUGGUCGGGCGCUUAGAGUAAACCACUUUGAAGCCUGUCAGUUCCAGGGAACCGAGUAUAGCUUGUUCAGAUUUUGAAUGCCAAGUCGUCGCUCAAGCUCCGCCCCUAAUGGCGCGAUAAACCAAUCAGAGCGAGCCAUAUACAGAGCGUUAUCGAGUGACGUCAUUGUACUUGACAUUCAAAGACUGAACAGAUUAUAAAAACAAUUUCAAAGGAAUUUCAUUAAAUUAAUUUUUAUUUCAAGUUUUGAGCAUUAUCAUUUUUCAGAAAAUUUUGAAUUAGAACAACAGAUAAACGUGCUCAGUUGUGAUAAAAGCUUACGAAAUAAAAAAAAAAUUAGAAGAUCGUUCUUCCAAAAGAAAAAGUUCAGAAAUUUUUCGAAUGUGGAGACUGCGAUCCAAUCUAUGGGGCCUGUGUGAAUGGCGAAUGUGGUUGCAUUGACGGGUUCAAAAAAUUGGGAAGGAUCUGCGUUGGUAAGUUUCUUUGGUUGUUCGAACAAAGUCUCGGACCUUGAUAACGUAAACCGGACGUGUCUGAGUAUUCCUAGUGACCCCUUUAAUAGCCCCAGAAUUCUUAAGUGAUCCCUAGAAAUGCUCAGGAAAGUCCGGUUGGUUACCGAGGACCGACUUGGGAAAGAAAGAGUUUAGUUUAUCAUUAGAGCGCACCUGCACUUAAUUUGAAAAAGUUUAAAUAUUCCGCAGAUAUUUUUUCUUUUUCCUUGAUCAUUAGCAAAAGAAAAGUUGAUUAUUUUUGAUAAUUCUAUUUUUUCAAGACUUUUCUUUCAGGUCAAAAAUGGCUAGUUUGGAAUAAAAAAACACUCAAAAAUCUCUAAUUUUCUCUUACAAUUGUACAUCGUUUUUUGGCAAUCGAAACUUUUCUAAAAAAAAUGAUUUCUGACACGAGAUUUCUCUUUGAUAAUUUUCUGUCCCUAGACAUCAAUGAAUGUGACGAUCGCUCGAAAUGCCCGAGCCAUUCUCGUUGCGUCAAUAUCGUUGGUUCCUAUAAGGUAUUAUUUUUUUGAAUAAUAGUUUAUGUACAUGGUUUGUUCAAACAAUCUUUCUGGGAGGUUGAAAGGCGCAAAGGUCUCAAAAUAGUCGCCUCGAGACCUUAAUAUAUGUAAUUUAUGUUCCUUUGAACCCUCCAGCAAGGUUUCUCAAAAAAAAGUUGUUUCUUGAAAUUCUUUUUUUUUAUCAGUGCGAAUGUGAUAAUGGCUUCUCGGUAAAUGGAAGCUGUACCAUUAGAUCAGGUUCACUUUUUUUCAAAUGCAUAUUAAUAAAUAAUAUUUGUUUUUCAGAAGCUUGUGAUGACGAGUUCGACGUCAAUCUCACUGAGGAGGAUUGCAACGAUGGACAUCAGGAAAUAAGGUGGGAAAAAAAUAAAAAAAUAAUUAAUUUUUUUCAAAUCUUUUUAGAUACUAUUUUUGAUGCUGAAAAUGGAGCUUGCAAGCAGUUUUUCUACGGUGGCUGCACGUCUAACUCGAAGAACUUCUUCGCUGACUUGCAGGUUUUUUUAAUUCAAAAAGAAUCCGUAACAUAAAUUUAGACCUGCGACUUGUUGUGCUCUUCAAAAGCCGUCAAGAAAAACCAAAUCCACGGUCCUUUGCCGGGAAUGCCGAUAGAAGCCGUUAAAGGUUGUUUUGAGAAGUAAAACCGUAGUAAAUUCACUGCUAGCUUAGGGAAAUUUGUUCAACCAGGGUCGUGUCUUUAUGAGCGAGAUAGUGUGCAAGAGGGAGAGAUUUAGACUCAGUCUUUUUGUCUUGAGCUGAGUAGAGGGGCCGUAACGAUCUGAGAGGUUCUAGAGAAAGAAAGUGUUCUAAAUUCUUUGAGGUCUCUUUUUUUCAGUCUUGUCAACCUUUUUUGGGGAUUUUGGGUGAGGCUUGAAGCUUGAAAUAGAAAUUUUUAAUAUGGUUCAUGAAAAAUCAGAAUUUCUGUUUACUGCUUAGGAACGCCAGAGUGGUUCUCAUAGGGGUUAGGAGGAAAAAAGCACUUCAAGGAAAAAGUUGAGACGCACCCUAGAAGAAAGCGAAUCCCUUCAACAACAUUCAUUGCGAUAUAUAUUUAUUCCAGAACUCCCUCAAGAACAAGAAACUCCGGAAGAGUCUCCUGGAACUACUGUAAAUUCCGAAAAACCAACUAUCCCAAAACAAAGACUCGAUAUCAACCUGAACGAAAGCGUCACACCUAGUCAUGAAGCGAAAAUAGAAGAGGCCGAGAAAGCCGAGUCGAUUGUCAAGGAGAUCACUCCAGAUCACAGUGAAUAUUGGAAAACGCUUCAUUUCAUAAAAAGGAUGUUAACAGAUGCCUGCGAGCAAGAAUUCGACGAAGUUUUCCGCGAGGAGUGCUUGUCAGCGACUUGGACCGAGUUCUUCUAUUGGAGCUCCGAGUUGAUGGUUAGUGAAGGAGUGCAGAGAUCUGAAGAGAUUCUGGAGAAAAAGAGUGAUCUAUGACAUUUUGGCUUUUAUUUCUAGUCUUGACAACACUUUAUUAGAAACUUAAUUAUUUCUAUAUCUGAGGAAAAAAAAAUACUGAAAUCCGUCAUUCAUGACCUCUUACAACAAGUUCGAGUUUUAAAACAUUCUUGACGAUUUCGAAAUGUAAGAAAGGGGAUAGUUGUCGGACAGCCAAGGUCAACGCGAAGAUUUUCCAGAAUUCAUAUCAAAACUAUUUUCGUUCUCAAAGCGCUUCAGAAGGAUAUAAGUUAAGGAUCAGUGGGAAAGUCACCGAACCUCCUAAUCGCAGAAAAAGCUUGAGUACAUGUCAAAAAUGUUUUCCAAACGGAGAUCACAUUUUUAGCAUUUUCUUAGAAACUUACUUUCUGAAUUCCGAUCCUUCAGGACUGCGACGCAUUCUGGUACGACUCCUCUUGUGAUCCCCGAGACAGAGUCGGGAGGAACAUUUUCGUAAACUAUGAGACUUGCAAGCAAUCCUGCGACGUCGGCUCUUCCACUCCAACUUCUUCCCAUGCCCCCAAAGUAGAAACAAAACCUACUGCUGGAACCGAAGUGGAAAAGACCACGAUCCGAGAUGCUGACGGAUGGUCCCCGGUCAAGCCGACAGUCGUCGGGGAAUUCGUCGAUUUCGAGCCAUCGACCUCGAAAAUCCGUGAAGAUUUCCCAACCGUUGCUAGCGACGUGGAAAGCUUUCUACCGAAUCGAAAUGAAGCGACGAAUUAUUUGGAGGACGAACUCAUACCGAUGGAGCCUGCCCGAAAUAUCAGUAGUGUUGACAUCAAAACGACUCCGAAGAGGGAGAAAAGCGAGAAGCCGGUGGAAGAAAGGAAAGUCGAAGGUCAGAUUUUUGAAGAUUGGUUUAGUUUCGAAGAAUUUUUAAGUAUGAGUGCUCAUAAACUUUUCAGUUCGUGGAAAAAUGAAGUUUAACAAUGGUUUAAAAGUUUUAACUCGAUGAAAAUUGAUGCUUCAAAGACUUCCGUAAAAGAUGAGACGGAAAAAUAAUUAUCAUCUCUAUUUAUAUUUUUUAAGAGUGUGUGAUUUAGAUAUUCUUUCAAGCGUGAUUCGUUAUUACUUUGAAUUUCAAAAAAAUCUAGGAUAUAUUUUGCUUUUUUGAGUCAGUUUUUGACUCCGUCUUCAAGGUUUUCAAAUCCAGAAGAAAUGUGAUUAUGACAGCAGAAUAUGUUUUAGAGACGGACUGCACCAAAGAAUUCAAUGCACAUCUACGGGACGAAUGCGAAACGGCUUCCUGGGAAGAGCAGUACUAUUGGAACAGCCAGUUCAAGGUUUUCAAUUUUGAUUAACAUUUGAAAAUUUAAUCAAUUUAAAAAACACUUGAGAAUUUUCAUCUGAAAUGUUGAAGCUUGUUUUUGCGCCCUUAAAUACCUCUAGCAUAUUCUUUUUUGUGAAAGAUACUUCUAGAAUGUUCUUUCAAGGUUUUACCUAAAUUUUAAACAAUUUCUUCGAAAAAUAUAAAAAAUAAUCAAAGGAAUCGUUUCUAAUGCGUGUAAGUCUGAUUCUCAUACGAACUUUAGUUGAUUAAAACUAAGAAUAAAACGAGUUCUGUUUUUUUGAGGAUUGCGAAGCGUUCUGGUACGAUACUUCCUGCGGCGCUCCCCAGUACAAAGACGAAAAUCUCUUCCCAACCUGGACGGAAUGCAAUGAAAAAUGCGGGAAACCCAAACCCCAAGAGAUCGUCAAAAUGGAAACUUCCACGAUUCCAACGACAGAAGCCUCGAAACCCACAAAUCCAACUGCCAAGGAAGAAAAAGUGAAAGCCUCGUCGGCUCCGACUUUGGUGCUGAACAUGACAGAACUACCGUAUGGCAUGAAGAACCCACUGAAUAUCAUAUUGAAAGGUUAGUUUUCGACUAGAGAGAAUGGUUAAGAGUGAGUGGACAGAAAUAAGAGAAAAAAUGUCUUUUUUUUCAAUUUGGUGAGUUUAUUUUUAAUUUGAAGAGACUUGGAGAAGCCGGAAGCAAUCCUAUUUUUCGAUUUUUCCUUUUAUCCGUUGAUUUGGAAACAGUAAAGUUGAAAAAAAAUAAAAUAAAAAACUCAAUAAAACGCCAAAAAAAAAGUCAAAGAGAAUCUUGGCUUUGGAGGAGGAUUAAAGAGAGAAACCUGUAUUUUCUGAAGCAAUGGAAAAAAGUCUUUAAAAAAUUAAUUAAAAUCCUCUCGAUUUUUCGGAAAAAUAGUUUUCCAGAAGCUCUGAACCCGAAUAAGGAAAGCGCUCUCCCCGAAGUUUUGCCACCAAAACAUCGCCAGGAGUUUUCGAAUUUCGCGCAAAAGUCGAUAAAUACAGCGACGACCAAGUUUGACCGACUCAAGUACAUGGCAGAGUUCAAGGUUGAACAGAAAUUUUUCUCGAAAAAUCAAUUUUUUGAAGAAAAGACUGAUGGAACAUCCUGGAGGCUCAACAGCAAGCUUCGAGAAACGGCCGAGGAUCGUCUUUACCUUGGCUCCCCACGUUUUCGAAGAAACCACAACGCUCCCAACGACCACAACGACCGAAAAAUCCACAACUUCUACCUAUAAACCAGAAGAUUUUACGAUUGAAUACAUUGAAGCUGAGAAGCAAAAGGUGGAAAAAUCAUUAAUUUUCAAAUCAUUAUAUGUUUAGAUUGAGCAAACUUUGGCAGAUUUGGACAGACCCGCCGAUUUUUGCGAAGAACCUCUGCAUCCGAAGUUGGAAGAAGAUUGUAGCAAUGAUCAUUGGGUUUUUUGAUUCAAGAGAGAUGAUAAGAAUGAUAGUUUUCAGGAAGUCAAAUGGUUCUUCAACGUCGAUCGACGCGCUUGCAAGUCGUUUUGGUACGGCGGCUGUAAAGUGGAAUCUCGAAAUUUCUUCCCAGAUCAUGCGGUGGGAAAUUCAAUAACUUUAUCGUGCAUCCACCAAGAAAUCAUGAAGAAGGAGCUCAUAAUCAUUCGAAAAAAAAUUUGAAAUUGCGACCAAAAUAUUCUAGUUUUUCGCUUUAUAGAUAAGGUGGAGAAAGUUUGAAGCGUAGGUUGAAAUUUUUUUAGGUUUUUUUAUUUAUUUCAAAAAUUAUGCUUAGUUUCUUUAAAAUUCUUAGUUUAGCAUUGAUUUUUUUAUUUUUUUAUUUUUAGAAGUUUCUUUUUUUCAGAACUGUAAAGCGAAAUGCGGACACAAAUACGAAAAAGACAACAUGUCGCAACCGAAAUCCUUCGCCCCACCUGGAUUGUUCUCAACAGCGCCGACACUUUCCAAAAACCGACUAUCGACGAACCUCAAACUGACCUUCCAGAACCCGGAGAACCUUUUCCCGCCCACCGACACUUCAAACAUGAUUGAGAUCGAUGCCUCUCUUCCAACCUACCCGGUCAUCACAAGAAAAGAGCCCAUGACCUCGAAAACCAUCCCGAAAACCAAACAUGUUGUGACUAUGUCCCCGAACAGCAAGGUGGAGCAACACUUCUUCUACGACCAUGUGGACAAGGUCUUCACGGACAUCAAGACCAAGCAUCGGGAGACUGAGGCCGACUAUGUCAAGUACGAGGUCUUCAACGAACCUUACGGACUGACAACGAAAAAACCUGAUCAAACGUCGGCACUCCCUUCUCUUGAACCUGAAAAAGUUUCUUUUGAAGCUCAUGACAGAGCUGUAACUUCCCCAGACUCCAAAAAGGUCGUCCCUAAAGUUUUGGACACUGUACCUUCUCCGGAUCCCAAUCAAAUAGUCCCUUUUACUCCUACAAGCUCAACCAAACUGAUGAAGACCACGAAAUCAGUGGCCGAUCCUUGCGACGACGACUACGACCCGAAAUGGGACGAGGACUGUCUUGGAGACCAAUGGGUCGUCAGAAGUUAUUACGACUCGAAGACGGCUUCUUGCAAGGCGUUUUGGUACGGAGGGUGUAUCACGAGUAGCCGCAACUUGUGGUUUGACAAGAAGGUUCGAAAACACAAAUGGAAAGACUCAAAAGGAGUGUUUCAGAGCUGUGUAAUCUCUUGCGCUCACAAGUUUCCAACCGUUUCGUCGCUUCUCCAAGAAGGUUUGUGAGCACUGUUUUGUGUGUUGGGUGUGUGAAAAUACGGCCUUACAAGAGUAUAAUUAGAGAAAAAAUUUUUUAAGUUUGAAAAACGUUGAAAUCAUGACGCCGAAUCUUAGACCAAAGAAAAAGUUUGAAAGUUCAAGCUUUCUAAAAUGAAUACCAUUUUUGCACUCCCUUGUGUUCAAUAAUCACCUUGAAUGCCCUCACAAAUUAUUAUUAUUAGAGCACUUUUCUGUUAAAAAGGAAAUCUAUGAGAUCCAGCUCAAAAAAGGAAAUAAUUGAAAAUACGAUUAGAAGUUUUAUGCGUUUCUUUGAUCAAUGGCGAAGCGCGCAAAUUCGAAAUUCCAACUCGGACAUUGCUAACGGGAAACGGACUUGCUCCGGACGUUUCUGGGCAAUUCUAGGGAUAACUUAAGAGUUCUGUAGCUACUAAAGUGGUCACUAGAAAUGCCCCGACACGUCCGAUUCGCGUCCGGUUCCAUUACCAAGGUUUUGUUUAUUCCUUUCUCAUUUUCAUGAAAUUAUGCACUUUCGCGCUGGAGCACAAAGUCAAAAUCAUUUGAAUUGAAAUGACCAGUAUCAAACUCAUAAAUGAAUUUUUUUUGUGCUGAGUGUUCAUGGCCUUCGUUUUUGUGUGGAUGGUUUACGAAUCUAAACAAAGUGACACAGCAGGACAUGGUGAAAAGCCAGAAGAAGCCACUCAAGGAACCCAACCAACGGAACAACAUUCAGCUGAAUCCUCCACGUCGCCCCAUACGGUAUUUGUGGCGUGUGACCUCCGCCAACGUCAUCCAUUCAUUCUGAAAAUCAAGGCUCGCACCGAACAACGGUUCCAGUCGGACCUCCAGAGGAAGCUGGCCGACGUGAAGAGGGAGCACGAGGCCCGCCAAGACUUGGAUUAUUCCAGAAAAGUUGACAGUCCUGUCACCGUCGCAGGUUUCGAGACCAACCUCUCAGAAAUUUGAAAAAAGUUGAAAAUGUCCAGCCGAGUGUCUACAGUCUUUCGAUCUUGGCCUCGCGAAAACUUGUAAUGGCGGCAAAAACUGGACCAACAGGUUCGUAUCGAAAUAAAAACUGAUGAAAUAUUCUUGUACUGAUGAGUCCUUAUUACCAUUUUCUUUAAUCUUGAAAUCCGUUCUCACUAUUUUGUGAUGACCUGAAGUUUUUUUCAGCGUAUUUUUUGAGAAAACCCUUCUAGAAAAAAAACCAUCAGAAACCAUAAUCGAAAAAUUGUCUAGCAAUUACUUUGAAAUUAGGAAUUUCCUGAUGAAACACUUAUUGAUGGACCAUAGAAAGAUCAUCGAAGUCUAAACUUAGCUUUUAAGAAAGAAGAACUCAAAAUCAAAGAAAUAACCUCCAAGUGAGCACUUUCAAAGAUCAAAUGUCUGAUUUCCGAACUUUCAAACUAUAAAGAAAAGCCAAUUCUCGAAACUUUACAAGGAAAUACGGAUGAGGAACUUCCAGAAACUUUCAGUUUUCUUUAUGUUUGAUUAAAACCCGAAUUCUAUCGAUUUUUUCGAUACGGAUAGCUUUUUUCAGAUUUUACUUCGAUCAAAAUCUACGCGCUUGUCGGAUGUACUGGAACGACGGCUGUUUUUCUUCUUCUCCAAAUAAUUUCGACGAUUUGGAGACCUGCCAAUGGAAAUGUGAAGGACGGCAUCCGAAUAGAGCGGGAAGUGAGGAAUUGAUUAAAAGAUUUGGGUUCCAAUUCAAAUUUUCGAUUUGAAAAGGAUAAAAAAGCUUGAAAGUUCAAAGAGGGCCCUUUUUUUGGAAAGUGUCCAAAUUUAGAAUCUUGCCUGGACAAGUUCGACCAAGCCUACAUGGAAGACUGUCGCCAUGGCGAGUAUUCGACGAGAUUCUACUUUGAUCACGACAGGUUCGUUCCAAUUUCUAUGUUCAGGAAAACAAAAAACGGCUUUUAUAAAUUCAUCUAUUAAGCAUCAAAAACCUUCAAUUGCCCACUAUUUCAGGAAAAAAUGCGUCUCAUUUUCCUGGGGAGGAUGUCAGUCAAAGUCGCAGAACUUCUACACGGACAUGGGCUAUUGCCAGGAACUCUGCGAAUCUCCUUCUAGGGAGUUGACGCGUAGAAAAUCCUUCUGAAACUUCAAUUCGAACUAAUAUCUGUAGAGUCCUGCAUUCAUCCCUUCGACGAGGCCUAUUUGAAGAGUUGCGACUUGGAGAACUAUCAUCAGCAAUAUUACUACUUUGACAUCAUCUCCGGAACUUGCAAAAUGUUCUGGUAGCGCUUGAAAAUUGAACUAACUUCAAAAAACAUUCUUGAGGUUUGGAAAUUGCCGAGGCGAAAAUCCAAACAUUUUCCCCUCUCUGGACUCCUGUCAAUGGAUCUGUGAGAGAAAACGCGAAGAAAAGUCGCCAGGUACGGAAUAAUCAAGUUGAACCGACUGGGAUCUCUACCAAAGUUCACAAAAAAACAGUUAACUUUCCAUUUUUUUUUAAAGUCACUUCACAGUUUCUUGGAAACCAUUUGGCUGUUUUUUUCGAAUAAUCCUUUCUGCGCUAUCCUUUCUAAUCAUCAUUCCAUUUUCUAAAAAAUAUCCGCACGUUCAAAAUUAAAUUACGAAAUUUACAAAAGUAACUUUGAAAAAUGCCUCAUUCGUGACUAUUUUUUGGUUUGAAAUUUUAUGUCAAAAAAGCUUUACAGUUUUCACACCUUACAAUUAUGGUCAGGUGGGAAAAUUGAAGCCUAAUUGGCCUCAACGAUGUCGAAUUUCAGCUUACUGUGCUGAUAAAUUCGAUGUUAAGUACAUGGAAUCAUGUGGCGAUGGAACAUGGUCAGAGAAAUGGUUCUUCGAGGUAAGUCUUGAAUGUCAGAAGGGGAAAAAAAUGUAGCAUGAAAGUUGUUUAAAAUUUUGAUUUUCCAUAAGAAAAAGUUCAAACUUUAAUGGAAUAAAAAAUAUUUAUUCUUCUUCAAAAGGAUGAGGAGCACGAAACCGAAUCAAUAAAAAAUAACGGGUUCAAUUUUGAGUAGGAUCAAAAACAGUAAUAUUAAAAGACUUCUAAUUUUUCGAAGCUGGAUUGUUAUUUCUAGCAAAACACUGGGGAAUGCGUAUCUUUCUGGUGGGAUGGCUGUACUUCGACGUCGCAGAAUAUUUUUACCGAUGAGAAAUCUUGCACAAGUCAUUGCCAACAUCCAGGUAAUUCAUUAUUUGAGUUUUGGAAGGAUAAAUGUACUAAACAAAAUCUGAAAUGAGAGGUUUAGGCUUCGAAAUCGCGUCAAGGCUACCCGAUCCAGAAACCAAAUACCGAUGCUUGGAGCCCGUGGAGAUGGGUAGUUGCAAGGAAAAGUGAGCUGAAGUGUCGGGGAAUAGUGUCGGAAUUUUUCUGAAAAAUUAUUUGAAAAGAUCUAAUUUGAGCUUUUUUUUUUUUACCUAAAGCGGAAACAAUCUGAUUUCUCUGCGCUCUCUUAUCCCUCGAUUGCCCUUUGCGUUGACUCGUUAUUAGUUUUUGACAAGUCUGCGCUUGAUUGUGUGUAAAUUCGGUAGAGAUGAAUUAAAGAUGACAUUCAUUUGCAAGGUACCUUGAGGGAAAAGAGACGCAGACAGAUCAGACUUUUUCGAGUUUCACCUCGUCCUUUUCCAGUUAUCCUGCAUUUUAUUACGACCGCUCCGCGAAAAUCUGUCGUCCUUUUGCCUACUCCGGCUGCGGCGGAAAUGGAAAUCGGUUCAUGACCCUUUCCCAGUGCGAGAACCUUUGCUACGCCUUCAACCACAUGACUGGUUCAUUUUCUCUACAUCUUCAAAGACACAUUUUCGUUCCAAAAAACAAGAAAAAAAAAAUCAAUAACAAAUAAGAAAAAAUGAUGAAGAGGAAUAGUAAAUUGAUCAACUACAGACCCUGAAAUGGACUGUCAUCUGCCGCUGCACAUCGGCUACGGCAAGAACGACGAGCAAUGCAUGCCCCACGCUGGCUUCCGAUUCUAUUACGAUAGAGAUUAUGGUAGGUUGAAGAGAAAACGGAUCAGUGCCCAAAAAUGCCUCUGAAAGCAUUUUCGACCUGAGAAAAUCUGAAAAAUAAGCUUGAAAAGAUAAGGCGAAUUCAGGCCGAUGCUCACAGACGUGGUACUUGGGCUGUGGCGGCAACGCCAACAAUUUCUUCUCCUUCGAGCUUUGCCAGAGGACCUGCGCUGCAGACUCCAGAACUGGACUCGAAAGGAAGCCUCGAGCGAGUAGCCACGGUAAGUUGAGCAUCACGAAUGUCCGUGCCAGCCUCCAGUCUGUUUGAACUUUCCCGUUUCUUAUUACCCCUUCCAAGGCUUUCAGUACUACUCCUAAAACAAUUUUUCUUGUGAAUUUUCCAAAAAAAGGACCUUUUUCUCCUCUCACACUACAAUUUUACACGUCCUCUUCUCAAAAACCUGCCGAAAUUUUCUCCUUCAUGUGACAUGAAUCUGGGAUUUUUUCUUGUUUGCUUGAUAAGGUCCAAAAUUAUGAUCUCCAAUUUGUGUGGUUUUAUUUCAACCACUAAAUCUUUCAUUUUCCGAGUUUUAAUUAAACUUUACUCAUCACAAUCAUUGUGCUUUGAUAAUAAAUUCAUCCGCGCCUCAUUUUGAAUCCCCUAAUGAACCAAAAGCCAUUUCAAUGCCGGUAAAAGUCAAAGAAACCCAUGUCAAGUUUUUCCCUCAAGCGAGAAUAUCAGAAAUUUUUAAAUUUUUAUCAUUUCAAGUUUCGACAAGCUAUAUCUUGCCACCAUCUCCUAAUUGUCUUUUUUUGACAAUAAAUGUUCUAUCCACUUGUUUCUUGAACACAAAAAGGUCAAAAAAAAAAGAAAAAGUGAAGCCUUACAGUGUGCUUCGAGGGACCUGGUGACAAAGGCAAAUGUUUCGGGAACUCUUCGCGGCCUGUCCAGCGCUGGACCUACUCUUCGCAGUUCAAAUGCGUUCAGUUCAGCUACAGCGGCUGCGGCGGCAACGACAACAGGUCUAGCCGCGAAAAAGUGUGAAGCUUCAAGAUCAUUUUCGUUAGAUUCGCCACUCAAGCCGACUGCGAAGAAACUUGCGAUGGCCUCCGCAAUAGUUUGGACCCGAGUGAGUAGAAGUUUCAACAGAGUUGUGUUGCGAGAUUUAAAACGACGGAAGGCUGCUAUUGAGUUUCGCGUACAAGUUCUGUCAAUUUUUCCCAGAAACCCAAAGAGAUUCGGAGAGUUUGAGAACAUAUAAAAUAGACUGAAAAAAUGUUUCAGAUAGACCUAAUUUUGCUUUAUUUUUAUUUUUUUUUUUAUUUUUGAGCUAUGAAUGAAAUUAGGCCUAAAACAAAAAAAAAUCGAAAGUUUCAGUUUUUGCUAUAGAAUCAAUCCGUUCAAAGAGCGCAGGAUGUUUCUCUGUACCCGUUUUUUAAAAAUGUCCGUUUUAUUAAAGACGCAUGCAGAUAUAAAUGCCGCGCGCAUGGAAGGGAAAGACUUACAGAUAAAAAAAAAUCAUGAUAAGUUGGCUCUGAAGAAGCUAUAUGAAUAUUUUAAUUUCCGCGUGUCAUCCGACGUUUUGGUUGCGGCAUUGCGUCGAUGUGUCGCAAAUCAUUUUUCAGUCCAAGUUACGAAAUUUCGCAAAAUUGUGGUGUCAAAAGAUGUUUUUUUUUUUCUCAAACAAGACUUUUUCAGAUAUAUGUUCAUACCGACCAGAUUGGGGAUCAUGUAACCAACUUCGCUAUAUGUGGUUCUACAACCAAUCUCGUGCAAGUUGCGAUCAGUUUCUUUACGGAGGUUUCUAAAGACUCUUGAUGUUUUGAGAGGUGUCUUUUUAGGAUGCGAAGGGAAUCCGAAUCGCUUCGAAACUUUCGAAAUUUGCCAAAAAACUUGUGAAAUUUCCGGAAUCGAUCCUUGCUUAGAGUCCUUGGAUCGAGGCAGUUGGUGCGAGGCCAUGUCCAAUAGGUUCUUGAUUCAAUCCUUAUUUUUGAAGGUUUUCCAAAAAUUAUGUUCCAGGUAUUAUUUCAAUAAGCGAUCGAGGCAAUGCAAAGGUUUCCAUUACACGGGGUGCGGUAAAAGUGGAAACAAUUUUCUGACAAAGGAGGAAUGUCAACAAAAGUGAGUAACUGCUGAGAAGGGAUAUGUUUGAGAAACCAUUUGUUCGAUUCAAAAACAAACUGCUAGGUUUUUCGAUUUUGUUUUGUAUUAUGCGAUGAUUUUUGACCGCAACAACUUUAAGAAAUGGGUAUGAAAAAAGCGAUAGCUGGGUACGUAGGAAAGGAAGUCAUUUACGUUAAAAAAUAAAACUUUCUUGGAUUCUUGAAAAUAUUGGAAUGAAAGAAUUAGAUUUUUUUCUCAAAUAAGAGAAUUAAAUAUUAAAGUUGAACCUUUUUACUUUAGGAAAAUCACAUUCCUUUAAACUAAAUGAAAAAAAAUUUAAGAUAAAUGUUUAAUUUUAUGAAAUGAUGUUACUGUCUGCAGAUUCCUGUUAACCUUUUCCUGAAAGUUAUAAGUAAUUUUAGAAAUUAAAUAUUUUCUUUAGAAAGUCGGAAUUUUUAAAUUCAUGUCAUUUUGUUCAAAAACGACCUUUCCAGAUAGGCUAGACAGACGUUUUUUUCUCCAAAAAUGUUUUCUGAUGAUGAGAAAUUAUGUUUCGAUUUCUCCCGGCUUGCUUUUUUUCUAAUUUCUGUCCGUUUUCUUGGCGUUCAUUCCGGAAAUAAACAUUUGAAAGAUGCGAGAAACGUCUUCCACGUGCUCUGCCACAGGAAAGGAAGAAAGGAAAGGCCGGAAAAGCGAAGGCGACCGGAGGAUGUGAGAAAACUGGAGAACUUCUUCAAUUUUCGUGGAAAUCUGUUCAGAUAAAGGCACAAGACCCGUGGAAAAAGCGCCAAUGCUGCGACAUGUCCAGUUGAACGGCGCGAAUGUCACCUAUUUUAAGUCGGAUCCGGAAUGGAUGACUUACGAGUUUUGCACUGGAUAUAGGUUGGUUUUUGAAUGAGAAGGUCAUGAAAAGUUGUGAUAUUCACAGAAAAAAUAAAUCGAAACGUCCCUAUUUAUACUCGUUUUUGCUAUUAUUUUCGAGACUUUAACCUUUUUGUGAAAAAGUUACACAAGUUACUACAGAUACAACGUAACUGGACAAUAUACAGUACUUCACGUUCAUUUCUGCUCCAUGGACGGCGGACAGAACUGUAUCAGCGAGGUUUUCGAAACUUGAAACAAAAAAUUCAAUCCCUUUCUAGUAAAUUUUGAAGUAUAUUUGAAAAAGAAAAAGCUUUUUUUUAAAUAAAAAUCGAUUAAGUCACGAAAAAUAAAUAAACAUGUUGAGAGACCUUCUUUAGUAAAUACCUUAAAUGGGCGCUCGGACUUGAAAAUAAAAAUUCUCAGUAUUCAGACUUUUUGAAUUUCUUAUUCCGGCUCUUUGUUUCAUUGUCCGGAUGAUCUUUCAACUUUUUCCAAGAAUUUUUUCGAAGAGAAAAACGUUUCUCAAAAAUUGUACUCGAAGCUGUCUUCCAAACUGAGUUUCAGUCCUAUGGAACGACAUUAGGAGAGGAAUUCUGCAACGUGGUCCGACCUUUCCUUCGUGGACAAAACCUUUACUCCUGGUACUUUGGCUUGGAUGUCAAGGUUUCCUUUCUAUUUGAUUUUUGUUCGAGUUCGAACUUUGAGAAGAAAAUGUGUUGAAGGUUGAGAAUUCGAUGAUAUUUUGCAAAAAAGUAUUUCAGAACCUCCUCUUUUGGGACCAAUGUAAGCUGGUUGUAGCUAUUUUCCCUGAAGAUAGGCCGUCUUAAAUUUUCAUUAUUUUUUUAUUUUUGAAAAACGACUGUAUUCUUUUUUCCUCUCAAAUCUAGAACGAAAAUCCGAUUCCAGGACCCUCCCUACAACGGCGACGGCUCAACCGGAAGAAUCCAACGGGCCCAAGAAACGGACGCCUCGAUUUUUGUGCUCAAAUCCAAUAACUGCCACGAUAUAUGCUGA